AUGGCUCGGCAGCGGGGUGAGAUAUAAUAAUAAUGAUGGCAAAUUUACCCUUAUUGCCAUGAAUUCCGAAUUUGUGGCAAUAAGGGUAAUUAUCUGUGUGGGAAGCCGGAGCUCCACACAGACACGUCUAUUCAGUUACACAGCUAGCCACGCCCCCCUAUGUUAACAUGUUUUGAUAACAUCUGAGUGUUCGCACUAGUUCUUCCUUAGACGUUCAUUUUAGAACUUCCUCAAUAUUCUUCUGUGUUAUUAACCACAGCUUUCUGUCUCAUACUACCUCUGACACAUUAGUCAAAUGUCUGAUGUCGCAUGCCAUCUUUUGUAACUACCUCUUUCAAUAUAAAAAAAAUUGAUGAAUAAUAUAAUUACAGAGACUUGAACCUCUCAAUACGCUGUUUAACGACUGUUGCUCGCUACACUGAACAAUUACACAAGAUGGGAUUCAUCUUAUUUCUCAUAUUCUUCUUCCAAAGUAAGACAUGCUUAUUAUAAUCUUGCUUUGUCAUUGAAGGUGAGAGUAUUGCUGUGUUUCACAGAGGAUUACCCUUAUACCUGCAAUUCCUUUUCAGAUAAUAUGAAUGUAUUCAUAUACAAACUAUAUUGCAUGCUUAGUAUGGUAUAGUUACAUAUGCAAUAAUAUGUAUAUUAUCUUGGAUAGCAUUAUAUGAUACUCUAUUUAAAAUGUAUAGUGUGCUUUGUAUGGUAUAUUAUUAUAUGGUACUACAAGAAUGUUUAAAUGGUUAAGUAUUAUAUGGCACUGUAAGUAUUUUAUAUGGUGUUUUGGUAUAUGGUACUAAGUUUAAACUAUAUGGCAUUCAUGCAAUUCUAAAUAUGUAAAUUAAGGAAUAUAUGGGUCAGUUGGUAUCCAGUAUUUCUUAAUUUGUUUUACUAAAUAUUUUGAGGGUGUUCAAAACCACUACAUUUUAAUAAUGAACUGAGUUUAGACAUGAAAGGUAUUAUUAAGCCAAAAACUUAUAUCAUGGUCCUCGGGAAAAAUGUGUUUUAAAAAUGCUCAGAAUAAUUUUUUGGAAAAUCAUAUCGACAAAUUUUGAUAGUAGUUGAUUGAAUUUUAAUUGCAGCAGUUGGGAAAUGUUCUGCGGAUGGUUACUGUGCUCAUCAGGUGAAGACCAUACGAGUGACGGAAGGAGGAUCUGUUACCAUCCCUUGUACUUUAAUAUAUCCCAAAGACUUGAAUAGUUUGGAAGUCAUUCAGUUUAUCUGGCAUGUAACAGAACACGGAGAGUGCUUCUCUUUAACAGAAAUAUAUAUUCCCAAACAAAACUUCACACAUGGUAAAUAUAAAGGGAGAGUUGCAAGGGAGAAGAAUCCUAAUGAAAACUGGUCAGAGUCAAUCACAAUCCAAGGACUGAAGAAGACCGAUGGUCCAGUAAUCUGUUGUCAAGUCACCAUCAGAUAUAAGUAUGAAUACAGUCAUUUUUACAGUUCAUAUGGAACUCAUCUUCUCUUCACAGGUAGGAAUACUUCUAUAUAAUUAUUUUGUGAUAUCCAACUUUUGGGAAAUUUUCAUUCUUCCUUUUAUCUCCAAAUGUUUGAUUUUGAUCUAACAAUUGUCAUGAUGCGAGAUGUUUUCGCUCGUCUUCAACAGAUGCAGAAAUUAUCAUGAAUCUAAUCUCUCUUUAUCAAUGUUUAUACCAAAAAAAAUGAUUUUGGCAGGUAACCACUAAUUAUCAAUAUUUCAUAUAGAGCACUUUCUCUUUUUGCUUUUAUUUAUUUAAUUUUUUUUAUUUGAUCUUUGGACUUGUCUGUAAGAAUGAUCAUGUAUCCUUGUAAAAACAUUACAUUGACAUAACUAAAUAUUCAGAAGAAUUAUAAAAAUUUCUGUUAGUAAUACCGUAGGUGGAAUUAUUUGGUUUUGCUGAUAUUAAGAUUUGCAACAGGGUCAGUGUUCCAAAAGGGAUAAGUCAAAUGUCAAAUGAUUUUGGUAAACUAGAAAAAUGGUGAGAGUUUUGGCAAAUUACAUUUAAUGUGGAUAAGUGCAAGAUAAUGCAUCUUGGACGUAAAAACCCAAAGGCAGAGUAAAGCAUAUUUGAUACAGUACUUACCUCAACAAAAGAAGAAAAACUACCACAACAAGAGGAAAUUAGACUGGCAAAGGUUUAAAAAUAUUAGUAUGUAUUACCUUACUGAGAGGGUAGUGGAUGCAUGAAAUAUCCUUCCAGUUGAAGUGGUAGAGGUUAACACAGUGAAGGAGUUUAAACAUGCGUGGAAUAUGGCCAGGGACUAAUGAAAGUAUUUAGAAAAUUGGGCAGACUAGAUGGGCCGAAUGGUUCUUAUCUGCCGUCCAAUUCUAUGUUUCUCUCAUAUCUGGUAGAAUUUUCUCAUAAAUGGGCGGUUCUAGAAACAAAUUAUAUAAUUUAAUGAAUUGUUUACACAUAUAUCUGUGCCAUUUACCCCUGCUGCCACCCCAUUCCUACGAUGUAAUGUGUGCUAUUACUGUGAAUUGAAUUAUCUGGAUUGUGAUAUAAUUUGAUAAAUCUGUAACAGAAACUAAAAUGGAAAAUAACAUCACAAGAAAAACAAAUUAUCACAUGUGAUUUUAAAAGUUUUAUUAAAUGGUGUAAUAUCCGGGUAGCUGAACUAUUUCCCUUUAAACAAUUGCAAAUUAUUUAGAUUGAAUAAGUAACAUGUGCCUAUUGGGAGAGUAAUCAGUUCAACAGUAUCCAGUAAUGUGGAUAUAGUGGUUUUUCAUAGUUAUGGGAAUAGGCAACUACUUACACAAUGUGAAAAUGUGUGCUAAAGUAAGCCAUAGAGCAAUGUGUAUAUACUUAUUAUUAGAACAUUAGAUUCUCUCUGUCUCUGCAGAUGACAUAUUUGUGGAUCAAUUGGAUGCUGUUCCUGCACUCCUUGGACAAAAUGUCACCAUCCCAUGCUCAAUUCAUUACCCACAUGGAAUUAACAUUACUGUACAACAAGUUAAAUGGAGAAUAGGUAAAGGCUGCCCAAACAUAGAUAUAUUCUCCUCUGACAAGUCGCUUAGGAAUGGGCACUUCUCUGUGGUUGAUUAUCCUAAGGAUUUCUCCCUGCGUAUACAUAAUGUAGAAAAGAAUGAUCUGGAUACUUACUGCUGUUCGGUGAGAACCAGUGAAGGAGAAUUUAAAGUAAAGCAUGGCACAGAGCUGGUGAUUGAAGGUAACAUGGAUGUAAAUAUAUAUAUAUAUAUUGUAAGGUAUUUAGCAUUUUGUAAUUAUAGCAAAGGUUAAAAAAAUAUAAUUAAAACUCUCCCCAGAUUCACUGAUUUUGCUUACAUUGCUUGAAAGUAGACUCUAUUAAGUAGACUCUUUCAAGUAGGAGUUAUAAAAACAGGAGUUAAAACAAACAAGGGGUUCAAACUAACAAGGUAAUUGUUUUACGGUUCUGUAUCUGGGAAAUAAGUGUUAGCAAGAUUUCUGGCUUGACUCAAUGCACAUCUAGUUGCAUGUAUGCAUGCCUGGAUGUACCGGUCCAGGGUCCAUACUUCUUUGACAGGUGUGUGCGAGUGGCUUCUCUGGAAGCUCAGAUUGGAGAUCUCGAGAAGAAAAUUGCAACAUUGAGGGAGAUCGAUAAUCUUCAGAUGAGUCUGGUGGGGACAGGUAGUGGAGUGGGAGGAGAUGAGACAGAUGGGUAAUAGGCACAUACCUGGGUGACAGUGGGGCGAGGAAGCAGGGAGGGAGGGAAGAGGAAAGGGCUAGCUAAUCCUGAUUUUGUGCAACCUAGCUGAAUUGCCCAUUUUAGUGAAGAUGUUGGGAGCAUCAGCUCAGGAGUAGCUCAAUUAGAGGGAGCUGUUCUAACAGCCGAGGGAAUGGCCCCUCUUGUACGGCUGGCGAUUAAAAUGUUAGGAAGGCUAUGGUCAUGGUGGUGGAGACUCUAUCAUUAGGAGAUUAGAUAGGGCAAUCUGUCACUGUGAUCACCUCAACUGGACAGGUUGCUGUCUACCGGGUGCAUGGGUCCAGCCUGUUGCUGACAGAGUGGAUGGAUUACUGGGAGGGGCUGGAGAUGACCCAGCGGUCAUGGUCCAUGUUGGUAUUAAUGACAAAGUAAGAGGAAGAUCCUAAAGAAUGAUUUCAGGGAAUUAGGUAGCAAACUUAAGAAAAAGGACCUCCAAGGUUGUAUUCUCUGAGAUAUUACCUGUGCCAUGCGCUAUAGUAGAAAGGCAGUGGGAGAUUAGAGAGGUCAAUGUGUGGCUGACUUUGGCUGACUGACUGGGCCAACUUUGCGCUUGGGUACAACCUUUAUAACAAUGAUGGGUUGCAACUAAACGGGAGAGGGUCUGCAGUGCUGGGGGAUAGGAUGGCUAGAAAGUUGGAGGAGAUUUUAAACUAGUAUUUGGGGGCAGGUGAGCUCUUGGGAAAUAGUGAUCACAAUAUAGCGUCCUUUGAAAUAAACUAAAAAAAAACAAAAGCACACUGGGUAUACUAAAACAUACGAUUUUAAAAAGGCCAAUUUCUAUAAGUUAAGGGGAGCUUUAUAAAAUAUUGAUUGGUAUAAACUCUUUAGUGAAAAGAACAAUGACGAUAAAUGGAACAUCUUCCAACAAAUAUUAGAAAGGCACGUUUCUCAGUAUGUACCACUGGGUAAUAAAUAUAAAUGAAACAAAUUGAAACCAAUGUGACUUAGUAGAGAAGUAAAACAAAAGAUUAAAAGUAGGAAAAGGGCAUGUAAAUCUGACAAGUCAGAGGCAUCCUAUAAAAGAUAUAAGGAAGCCAAUAAUGCGUGCAAAAAGGUGAUUAGAUAUGCUAAACUUCAAAAUGGAAAAAUGAUAGCCAAAGAGAGCAAAACCAACCCCAAAGCAUUUAAGUACAUAUAUUCUAAAAAAACAAAAACUGAAAGUGAAGGUACACUAAAAACUGGAAUGGGGGUGUUAAUUAAUGAAGACCAGGAAAAGGCAGAAAUUUUAAAUAACCAUUUCUCCUCCGUAUAUAUUAAGGAAGAUCCCGUAGCAAUAGAUGUGUAUAUGAUUGCUGCUAAAAACUUGGAGGAACAUUGUAAUUGGCUAACUCAAGACAAGGUGCUGCAGCAACUAAAGAAAGUUAAUAUAAACAAAGCUCCAGGGCCUGGCGGUAUUCAUCCACGAGUACUUAAGGAACUAAGUGUAGAAAUAAGUGAACCUUGUUAGGACUGAGGAGCUCCCAGGAAAGAUUGCCGCCCAGCCCCUGGGAACGCAAUGAGCUAGUUCCCCUAUGCAUUCCCCUGUUCCAGCUAGGAAGCAGUCCCUUUGGCGGAGGUACCCAGCCGGGUACAGGGAGCUCCGCUACACAUGCCUUCUCCAUUCUGAGUUUGCCCCUCCCCCGUCUCCACCCCUUUUUUAUUGAGCUAAAGUCCUUUCUGUCCUAUCUCCAAUUUGUAGAUUGCUAUGACCCCCUCGCUACUUCUAGUUUAAAAUCUCCUCCAACUUUCUAGCCAUCCUAUCCCCCAGCACUGAAGACCCUCUCAUCCUAUCCCCCAUCACUGCUAUAAAGGUUAUACACUAGUGAAAAGUCAACACAGUGCUCUAAAAAACCCAAACCCCUCCUACCUGCCCCAAGACUUCAGCUACGCAUUGACCUCUCUAAUCUCCCUCUGUCUUUUCACUGUGGCAUGUGGCACAGAUAAUAUCUCAGAGAAUACCACCUUGGAGGUCCUUUUCUUAAGUUUCCUACCUAAUUUCCUGAAAUCGUUCUUUAGGACCUUCCAUCUUCCUCUUACUUUGUCAUUGGUAGCAACUUGGACCAUGACCGCUGGAUCAUAACAAGCCACUCCGGGUAAUCCAUCCACUCUGUCAGCAACAAACGGGAGACAGCAAACUGUCCGGUUGAGCCAAUCAGAGCAACAGAUUGCCCUAUCUACUCUCCUAAUGAUAGAGUCCCCUACCACCAUGACAUGUCUAGCCUUCCUUACAUUUUCAUCCCCACCUGUACUAGAGGGGCAGUUCCCUCGGCUGUUAGAAGGAACACCUCCCUCUAAUACAGCUACUCCGGAUCUGAUGCUUCUAAUAUUUUCACUCAAAUGGGCAAAUCUGCUUGGUUUUACAAAAUCAGAACUAGCUAUCCCUUUCCUCUUUCCUCCCCCCACCCCGUUUCCUUGCCUCACUGUCUCCCAGCUACUUGCCUGUUCCCCAUCUGUCUUAUCUCUUCCCACUCCACUACUUGUGCCCACUAAACUCUGCUCAGUGAGCAACAGACUCAUCUGAAGAUUGUCGAUCUCCCUCAAUGUUGCAAUUUUCUUCUCGAGAUCUCCAAUCUGAGCUUCCAGAGAAGCCACUCGCACACACCUGUCACAGAAGUAUGGACACUGGAUGGGUACAUCCAGGCAUGCAUACAUGCAACAAGAUGUGCACUGAGUCAAACCUAUAAUCUUGCUAACAUUAUUUCCCAGAUACAGAACAGUAAAAAACUUCCUCCUAGUUUAAACCCCUUGUUUCUUUUAACUCCUGGUUUUCUAACUCCUACUUGAAAGAGUCUACUUAAUAGAGUCUGCUUUCAAGCAAUUCAAUUCAUGUAGUCUUCAUUUCUAAACUCUUUCACUUUAUCACUUUACAAUGUUACAAUUUCCACCAAUAUUACUAUACAGUGUCCAGGUGGAUAUCUAGUGUUUAGUAGACCAAGAUGAUAUAUAUAUAUAUAUAAACGUCCCUUUUACUUGUGGAUCUAAACCCGAAGAUCUCCUCAAAUCUUCCACAAAUACACAGACAUAAACAAUAUGGUCAAUCCAACUCUAUGGAAAUAAAAAAUAACAUAGUGCAACUCUGCAUGGUAUUGAUAUAAUAAUGAUGUGUGCCAUUGGGUCACUCACACUUUAACUGUUAAAACAGGGCAUAUCAGAAAUCAUUGUAGAUCUCAGGCAAUUCUUUGCUUCCAAUGUCUGGUCUUCCAGAUCUCAGUGACAUGGAAAAUAAAGUGCAUCCAGAAUGAAAUAUAGAAAGAUGUGCAUAAAGUAUAAAAAGCAUGUAUUACUUACACAAAGGUAAGGAUCAAUCAGCAGAAAAACAGGUAAAUUCUGUCCACAAUCUGUCCAACGUGUUUCCUCCCAAAAACAGGGACUUCCUUGGUGACUUUACAGCAGUGAGACAGGUACACAAAUGAAUAAAACCUAAAAGUUUUCACUUCUAACAUAAAUAUAUGAUUGUGACUCUGAAUCCUAUGAAAAUGAAUAUUGUAUAACUUAGAUUAUCAUCACCUAACUAAUAAGCAAUACAGAUUAUUGAUUAUCAUUUUAACCAAUACCAGACACCAUGUAUAAUUUUUCCUCUGCACUCCCAGAUCUGUAAUGCCAUUGGCUUACAUGUUCUCUUAACAGGAUCAAGAGACAAUUUGGGAUCAAGUGUUCAUCAGCCACAAGCCUCUUCAGCCCACUUAGGAGGCUCGGCCACCAUUAAAUGUUCAUACAGCACAUUCAAAGAGAGAGAACCCAUGGAAACUACAAUUUACUGGACAGCUGGCAGCCCUCAGGGACUUUUUGCAUUUCAUCCAGCUCAGGAUAUGAUUGAUUCAACGUACAGAGGAAGAACAAAGCUGACAAACAAUACAGAUUUGCAAAUAACAGGGGUACAAGUAAAUGAUGACACUGUAUAUUAUUGCUUGGUGAUGCUUAAAUUCUGUGUUGUAAAUCCCAUUUUACAUACAAAUGUCAACUAUGGAAUUGGAACCAGAUUAAGAAUAAGAGGUAAUAUCAAAAUCAUCAUUUCUGGAUAAAGCAUACAUUUAAUAUUAAAAAAUAGAUUUUUUUUUUCCCGUAUGAUAUCAAAGAUAGUUUUAGCAGGAUAAAAAUAAUAAUUUUAACUGCUAAAUUAAGAGGUCUGCCUUGUAUAAUCUCAGAUGGUAGCUCCCAUAAUGUUACACUGAAUUAACAGUUUUCAAGCAAAUCUAGAAAUUACUUAAAUUUGAAAUACAGAAAAUACUACUGUUAUCUUUAUUGUAUUUUAGGUUUCAUUUAUUUGUUCAGCUUUUGCUUUAAAUAUCUGGGAGGGAUAUACGCUAUUAUUUUAAAUAUAUAAAGGGAAUCAACACAGUAAAGGAGGAGAUUAUAUUUAAAAGAAGAAAAACUACCACAACAAGAGGACAUAGUCUUAAAUUAGAGGGACAAAGGUUUAAAAAUAAUAUCAGGAAGUAUUACUUUACUGAGAGGGUAGUGGAUGCAUGGAAUAGCCUUCCAGCUGAAGUGGUAGAGGUUAACACAGUAAAGGAGUUUAAGCAUGCGUGGGAUAGGCAUAAGGCUAUCCUAACUAUAAGAUAAGGCUAGGGACUAAUGAAAGUAUUUAGAAAAUUGGGCAGACUAGAUGGUUCGAAUGGUUCUUAUCUGCCGUCACAUUCUAUGUUUCUAUGUUUCUAUUAAAGGUUAUGCAGUUACUUUUGCUUUGCAAUAAUCCAAACAGAUUUAAAAACAUUAAGACAGCACUGGCAUUAAAACAUUUCUAUAACUUUGUCAUAGAAACAAAUACAGGUAAAAAAAAUCCUGAUUAUGGCUAAAUGUGAAUUAACAGGAGAUGUAAUAUUUAAUUAAAUGUAUUAAUAUAAAAAUAAGUUAUAUCUUUACCUCCAUAGGCCAUGAAUGUGUACCUUGCACUUCCUAAUUUUUGUCUCCCAGUUGCGAUAUUCCAGUACUGCUUUUAUUAAGCCUUUAAAGGUCCUGUACUAUGUGGGAUGGGCCUCUCAUUUAGUCCCUCUGCAAUAAGUAGGGGGUCUGACAAAACAUCCAGAGGUGAAUUGUAGUUUUCAACACGUGAAGACCACUGUUGAAGUAGAGGGGACAUAUAUAUAUAUAUAUUUAUUUAUGUAUGGUCACUUAUCUUUUUGGAUCAUAACACGUGCUUUGGUUUAAAAAAAUGUUUAGAAGAUACCUGCAGAAAUGUCUGACACUUGAUGCCAGUCUGUGCUUAUUUGCAUACUGAGCUGGGAAUUCUGGGUUAUUUGUGGAAACAUGCUUUCUCAAAAUGUAUGUGACCAAGGCAGACUUUUCAUGUCCAAUUUAAGAUAUGAAGGUGAUGCACAAAAGUCAUUGUAGCUGCAUAAAAUUGUGUGGUAGUGGUGGGAGGAGGGGUUAUUGUGUUUGGUCUCACCAUAAAUUAUUUUUUUAUAUAUUUAGUUUUCCCUAUUGUAGUUUCUCUCUGUAAUAUUUUAUUUGUCCAUUUAGUAGAUUCUCACUAUAAUCCUAUUGGUGAUCAAUUUAGUAGUGAAUUCUAUAAUUGCUUCUUUAGUGUCACUUCAAUCCUUGUCACAGAUAUUUGUUGCUAUUUGUCUAUUCUACCUAACAAUAUAUCUUUUUUUUUAAUUAUUUAGACUUGAUUUCUUCGCAAUGGCCUUUCCAUGUUAUCCUUGCGGUCCGAUUCACUGUGUUCUGCAUUGUUAUUAUCUGUGGUAUUCUUGGAUAUAAGGGCAUCAAUAGUAAGUGAAUAAAAUCAUAAACUGCCUUAUAAUUUACUGCUCAUUCACAAUGAUAAAAUAAUAAAAAGGUAACUACUGUCCAGUACAGUAAAACAGAAACAAAAGACCUACUGGUCCAUCUCAUUUAACUCCUUUAAUACGUAUUGUCCACUCUACGGACACACAUUGUUGAAGUUGUGUGGUGUCAAAAGUUGAAGUCAAAAUUAUGCCCAAAAUGGAAAAAUGUUAUGAAAUAAGAAAAAACAAACAAUUAAAUACAGUACAAAAGAUAAAGCAUUUUACCAGAUCAAAUUUUUUAAUUUAUGAAAAUGUAACAUUUAAACGUUUUAACAUUAAAACAAGUAUUACAUUACAAAAGAGAGAAAAAUAAAAAUAAUAAAAUAAAAAAGCAUUGAUAAAAAGAACUCCGAAUUACAAAAUAAUAUAGUAUUUCAAAUGCAGCUUAAAAAUAGGUCCAUGUAUAAAACUAAUGGUAAUUCACUGAUUCCUGUAGCUACGAGGUUACACACAGACCGUAUCCUUGGUCUUCCUUGCCAACCCCCCUUGUUAACAAGGUGACUUCCCUCACAUUAUUUCCAGUACUGCAUCAGUCUUGUUGCAGCUGGCCCUGCCUCGCUCAGCCUAUACAAUGCUUUUCUAUAGCAAAGCAUGGGGAGCCCAUUGCCCAUGUUUGGCAAAACGUUGUUGCACAAAUCAGCAUCUACUCUUAGAUAUGCAUUGGAUCACUACACCUCAAUGGGCAGCAUUCAGCGUCUUCAUGCAGAACGUGGAGAUGCUGAAUGUAGGUGCUACACAAUGUGCAGCACUGACCCAGGAAGCACUGAGAUAAACAGUCUAUUAUUUGUCAGUUUUUUAAUGACAUUAGUAUUUUCACCUUCCUCUCUAACUCUAUACUGGGUAUACCUAAGUGGCUGCCUGGCCAUUAGCUCUGAUUAAGUUGACAUUUAAUUCUCUUGUUUGCAAUAUACACUGUGGGAUCGAAUAUUUAUGGACUUUGUAUCCCCUCACUCCUUUUUAUAUAUGUCUAGCUGCUAUUUAUGGGAGAUAAUUUUUUCUAACUGAACCCCUUUUGGCUCAUGUAAGAUGUUUGUACUUACAUUUACAGAUUGAGUGGUUCCCUGAUACUUUAAUCAUUGCAUAGCCUUUUUUUUAUAUAUAGCACUUACCAUUACCACAUCUUCUGGUUCCAGUUUAUAUACAGAGCCCCUUCAAUAAAGCUCUUUUUAUCAUAUAUAUACCAGUGAUGUUUGAUGUAGGCUUAAUUACCUGGACAUAGGAGUUAACCUUACGAGGUUGUUAUUUCUUUCAUUUGAUAGCACUUGAUGAGUGACUCUCUCACAAAAUCUACUCUGCUACAUGUUCAAUAUUUACCAGAACGUUGUUAUAAUACUAUUCAUAUAUCCAGUAAGUAUUGUAGGGUCACUUUAGGUGUACCUAUAUUCUUGUUUGUGUUUGUUUUCUAACAUUUGUGCAAUUGCAUAUUUUAAUAACAAAGUGUUUAACCAGGAAAGGUACAAUCAGAAUAUCAUGGGGAUGUUACUCCCCCCAAAUCCAUGGGAUGUUAUUAUAGUUAUAUUGCUGCACUCUCAUACACAUAUUAACUAACUCCUAAAUAUUCAUGGAUUAAAGGAAAUAGUAUAAUGUGUAAAACUACACAUCCCUCUGCGAGUAAGUCUUGGUCAUCAACCAUCCCUUCCAUGCUAUGCAUGGGCACUUCCAGAUAUCUACAUCUUGAUAAGAUCUUGGUUGGGCUCGUGGUGGGCUCAAUCCUAUGAACACUUUUUAUAGAUGACAUUUUUAUAAGGUAAGGAACAGAAUAGGAACUUUAUUUUGAUUAAAAAAUGAGAAAGGGAUUCAAAUUUACCUUUGAGACCCAUAUGACUAGUGUAAUGUUUUCGGAUGUGAUUUUUUUUUUUUUUUACAAUAAUGGCAAAAUGAAGUGUAAAUAUUUUUUAAAAAAGGUUGACUUUAAUAUUUCUAUAAACAGGAAUUAUUGCGGUAAGCAAAAGUGGAUAG